CAAUAUUUCAUAUAUAAAUAGUAUUAGAAUAAGGAACUGACUGUUUAUGUCUACAAUUACCAAUUUUCAAACAAUCGAUCCUUUUUUUGAUACAGGCGAUGAUGAUACACCUCUCAAAAGUUAUAUUCAUAUUAGAAUUCAGCAACGUAAUGGACGUAAAACUCUUACAACUAUUCAAGGAUUACCAUUGGAAUAUGAUCAAAAACGUAUUCUCAGAGCGUUGAAGAAGGAUUUUGCUUGUAACGGCACAAUAGUUAAAGAUGAUGAAAUGGGAGAAGUAAUCCAGCUUCAAGGAGAUCAACGUGCUAAGGUUAUGGAAUUUUUAACAUCCCAAUUACCUAUUCAAAAGAAAUCUGUUAAAGUUCAUGGAUUUUGAAAUUACUAGGUUUCCGAUAGUUAUUCAAGUUUAGAAU